UUUAUCGGAUAGUUCCGCAGAAAAAUAGAGGAAAAAGUGUGCCUAUGACAUCCGCGUGACUCCAGCGAUCAAAUUACCUAUAGAUCUUUUCUCAUUAAUCAGAACAGUUCCAUAAAUUAGUGUAUUUCGCAGAAUAGUACGAGUAUCUCAUAUCGAAACGUACACAUAGCUAUGAACAAGUAAAUGCCUCGAUACCCGAAUCUCAGCCUUUGACGUUUACUCGCAAAUUUUACUUUACGGACUACAUAAUUCGGUAUCGUCGUACGUCGUGCCUAUAUAGAUGCGAUUUUAUCGUGAGGAUUACAUUGUUAGAUUUCGCUAGUGAACGAUCACUACGGGAAGAGCAGGGAAGAGAUUCGUGUAACCUCGGCAAGACGGAGUAUGACAUGCGAUGUGUAAAGGUGUAAACGGUGUGCAUCUAUUGCACUUGCACACUCUCGGAUAAUAUCAGAUAAUAUCUUCUGAAUUACGGGUGUGAAUGCAUGUGCAUGCAUCUACAGUAUAUCUCACGAACCCAUUGAACGUCCCCUGCGUAUUAUACGUAAAGUUUUUUCCUGGAUGAAGAAAGGAGAAAGAAUAUCAGAUAACAUUAUUUCGUUCCUCAAAAUGGAUAUGUUAGUAUUUUGGAUACGUUAAACGACGUAUAAUGAGGCUCUUUUUGAUAUAAUAUCAAGGUUGAACAAGACGGUGGAUAAUUUUGACAUCUUAAAAAAUGAGACAGUGUUGCUCGAGCCAUCAACUUCAGUUGUGGCUUAUGUACCUUGUUUUCUGUGCGAUGUACACCAAAGCCGAUAUCUUAGUAUUCUCUGCUGCUGCAAGACAUCAGAUCGAAGAAGAAUUCAGAGACAUGCCUGCUAGAUUCGGAGGUUUGAUUCCAUCUGAUGGGAUUAAGGGCAUGGUUGUAUAUGCAGACCCACCUACUGCAUGCCACGAAAUACAAGGUCCUCCCAAUAGUACCACUUACAAUAGUAAUUGGAUAGCCUUAAUUGCUCGCUAUAAUUGUAGCUUUGAAAGGAAAGUAAGAAUCGCACAGAAAGCUGGAUUCGAUGCUGUAAUAAUACAUAACGUAGAUAGCAACGAACUAGAACCGAUGCAAGCCAAUGAUCCAGUAGGAAUAUUGAUACCAUCCGUAUUUGUCAGUGAAAUAACAGGAUUGAUUAUUAAGAAGAAUUAUUUAUACGAUCAGUUGUAUUUCGUAUUGAUCAACAAUGAUACACCGUUCAAUAUCACGCAUGUACUCUUGCCUUUUGCUAUCGUCGUCGGGAUCUGUUUUCUAGUCAUGUUUACUUUUAUGAUCGUUAGAUGUAUUAAAGAUAGAAGAAGGCAAAGGAGGCAUAGACUACCAAAUUCAAGUUUAAAGAAGAUUCCUACACACAAGUAUACAAAAGGUGAUCCGUACGAGACAUGCGCUAUUUGCUUAGACGACUACGCCGAAGGCGAAAAAUUGAGAGUUUUACCUUGUGCACACGCUUAUCACACGAAAUGUAUUGACCCCUGGCUAACAAAGAAUCGCAGGGUUUGCCCUGUUUGCAAGCGGAAAGUUUUCGCAGCGGACGAACAAGUUGUUAGUGACGAAAGUGAUUCGGACGCCGACGACACGACGCCUUUGAUCCGUGACGUGUAUCAGAGUACUCAGGGCGGAACGUUUUCACAGCAGAGAGAGAAUCCUUUUACUAAUGCUCGAAUACCAUCACGCGAACGCGGUAGAUCGCCCUGGAGGGAUUAUCAUAGCCAUUUAAGCAACAGUAGCUCUGAUUCUGAACAAUCCUUUGGCACACCGGAAGAUGAGGGUCACGUAGGCGCCGGGGAACCAUCCAGUGGAACUGUUUUCAGACCGUACGAUAUUCACAGCAUUAACGGCGAAUUACCAGAGCUGGAAUGUUCCGUGAGCAGUACCAAGCCUCAUACGGUGAACUUGUGUGCGGACGCGUACGGGUUCGCAGCUCCGGUAGUUCAGGUUACAGAUCGCAACGCGCGAACUGCAGGUAAUUCACAUAAUUCAGUAACAAACGAAAGCGAGGCCACUAAUUUGAUCAGCGCGGACAACGGUAGGAAUGAUGUUACUGCAUAAAGUUCAAUUCGAUCCGUCUUCUGUUACACGUUUAUAACUUGUGAUACGUUCACUUAAGAUAAUGCAAAAUUUCGUAUGUAUAAUUAUCGAUGAUUCAUAUUUGUGAAAAAAAAGAUGGAUUUUCCGAAUGCUUUAAUUGUCUCGGAGUUUAUUUCAAAGAACUAGCGCCUGGAAUGUCAUCGUUUAUGCAUGGCAUACACGGCCAAUAAUCUGUAAACAUUUCCCAUGUGUCGAACAUUCGCUGUUUUCUAAGCAUUUUUUUACAAUCUUUUGUUGUUAAAUAAGUGACGAUUUCAUACUGAUAAAAAUGAUCUGCUGUUCUUUUAAAUAAUAAGGAUGAUUUGUUACUUUAUCAAUUUGCUUUAAUUAAAGUGAUCUUACAUAGAAACGUAUAUAUGAAAAUGAUUUAUUCUUAACAGUUAAGACUGCAAGUUCUUCAGAUAUACUAUGCCCGCGCACAUGUCGGUUUCUAAAAUGCUGUCCUCGAAAUUGAUUUCAACCUUCGUUCAUUUAAAAUCAGUCGAUUUCGUAUUUAUAGCUUCCCGAGGCCUAAGUAUUUUAUCCUCGCACGUAAUUAUUAAUUCGUACACAUUUACCUCACCUUACAGUUAGUCACUACAGUAAAUAGAUACCUUUGUUUAAUACAAGAAAUAGUCACGGAUUUAAUUAUCUCACGUUAACAUAACUCGAUGAUCGUCGACGACACGUACCUAUGACGCAAAAGGAGAAAUGUAUUUUAACAAUAUGAUUUGUUGGAUGAGUUUGUAAAUAUUAUUUGUUAUUGUACAUACAUAUAUAAUAUACAUACAUAUAUAUAAACAUAUUAUGUAUAAGUUAGAAGAGUAAAAUGAUAAUCUUCUUUAAUGCAGGACAUGGAGAAAAUAAUGAAAUGCUAUAAAACUUUAGAUGUUAUUUGGAUCAGUUAGUGUGUUUAACAUCAAUAAACCUUUUUCUCAACGAAUUUUCGUAAAUAAUAAGAAUACGUGUGACAUCGGUUACUGAUUUUGUAAGGAGGGUAAAAUAAAACGUAAUAAGGGAUAUUUCAUAAAUUAAGUUCUCGACGGAGAUUAUCUAUGGAGAAUUUGUAUUUAUCGUAGCGUUUUCCAUUUUCUAAUGACGACGCAAGUUAAUCGAUCGACGUGUUACACAGAUAGUUCUUAUUAAUUGAUCGGUAUGUUUAAAAAAAAGUAAAAGAAGAAUUGGAGGACGCUUGUAUAAAGCUGUGUAAAUAGGUCGGUGUGAAUGAUCUUGUUAAGUGUGCGUGGGUAGUAUGUAUAUGUAUAUGUAUAUUGUACAAUGUCAAAGGAUGGAUUUUUAACCGGUCAUUUCGAUGUUCGAAUCGGACUUGCUAUUAUAAUUUUACGCUAGAUGUAUUACUGAAAUAAAAAUAAAUGAUAUUUGUA